AUGGGCACGACACUGCUUUGUCACGACUAUUUUCAUGACGGCAAGCUUUCUUGGGUUGCGUUGUCGGUCAAGUCGGCCGGACAGCGACAGCAUCCUACUUUUGGGCAGAGAUUCCUCCAGUGGGACUGUCUGGAGGUCAGCAAAGACAACAAAUAUGGGAUCUACACUGUACCUGACGGAGUAGAGGUCCCUGGACGUCUGACCAAGGCGCAGGUGGGUCCAUCCUUCAAGCACUCUUCGUUCGCCGCCUUGAAUGCCGCAACAAAGCCAAAACCUGACCACCUCUCGCCUUUCCACCCCAACCCAACCUUCCACCUCAUCUCAACUAACCUUGGAGACCAAACUCUUCCUUGUUUUCGACCGUCGACGCUCUCUUGUCUCGACUUUUCUUGGUUGUCCUUUCUGGAUCCAUCCGCCCGGGCAGCAGCAAUCAGCCAUCAGACGAUUUGGGAAACAACCGCGGACGAUCCCUGA